UGUGAUUGGUUGAGAGGGCGGGACUUCCGACGGCACAGGUUGGACAUAAAGUGACAGACUUCAUCUCCUUAAAAUUGGAAGAAAAACCGAAGGACGACGCGUUACAAGUUUUAAAACAAUUGGAAUGAUCUUCAGACAUGGACGACAUAAACCUUCAUUAUCGCUUUCUGAACUGGAGGAGGCGAAUUCGUGAAGUGCGAGCGGUGCGAUACCGGGAGCAGCUCAAAAGGAUGCUCAAAGACGGGGACAUACUCAGGUAUCAUGGGAAUUCAGAUGAAGUUGGCUGUUUUGUGGCAGCCAGGCCAUUGUCAAGAAGAAAUCGCUAUUUUGAAGUGACCAUUAUCGAUACAGGAGUGAGGGGAAUGAUUGCUGUCGGUUUGGUACCUCAGCUCUACAAGUUGGACCAUCAGCCCGGCUGGCUCCCACACUCUGUGGCUUUUCAUGCUGAUGAUGGCAAGCUGUAUAAUGGCAACACUGUAGGACAGCAGUUUGGUCCAAAAUGCUGCAGAGGUGACAGAAUCGGCUGUGGAGUAUCUCUGGACUCUGAUGAUAGACAGUUAACUGUGUUUUUUACCAAAAAUGGCAAAGAGGUCGGCAGUGUGGAAAUCCCAGCAUCUCCUGAUGCUCUCUACCCGGCUGUGGGAAUGCACUCUUUGGGGGAAGAAGUACAGCUGGACCUGAACGCUGAAUGUGGGAUCGAGGAGGAUGAUGGACAGAUGAUUGUGGAUAGUCAUGAAGAGGACUGGGGCCGUCUCCAUGACGUCAAAGUGACCGGCACACUGCUGGAGUACAUAGGCAAAGGGAAAAGCAUUGUGGACGUGGGCUUGGCUCAGGCCCGUCGGCCUCUCAACACACGCUUCCACUACUAUGAACUGGAGAUCACAGAUGCUGGAGAGAAAUGUUACAUUGCCUUGGGGCUGGCACGCAGGGACUACCCCAAAAACAGACAUCCAGGUUGGAGCAGAGGAUCUAUAGCCUAUCAUGCAGAUGAUGGAAAGUUGUUCCAGGGCAGUGGGGUCGGGGACGCGUUUGGACCACGCUGCUUUGAAGGGGACAUUAUGGGCUGCGGGAUCAUGUUUCCACGUGACUACAGCCUUGAUGAUGGAGAUGACGUAGAUGACUGGGACCUCGAUGUAAUUCCCAAACCCAGUGAGGUUCAGAAUGAAUUGUAUGCAAGCAAUGAAGAUGAGGAGGAUGAGGGAGAAGAUUUGGUGGGGAGGAAAGUCACGGUGUUCUUUACAAGAAAUGGAAAGGUGGUGGGCCGGAGGGAAGUGGCCUUACCUGUAGGAGGCUUGUAUCCCACGAUUGGCAUGAUGAGCACUGGGGAGAAGGUCAGAGUGGACCUGCACCCCCUCAGUGGCUGAGCAGAGUAGUAGAAAACUGAGUUGAAAAAUCCAAGCAUGGACAAAUGAUUGAGCUCCGGUACAUUUUUAAAGAUCAGUUAAUAAAUAAUACCUCCACAUCAGCAGGCUCCAAGAUGUUACUGGAAAAGUCACUCCACUGUGGAAUGUGACUGUGGCGUCCUCAUGCUGUUAGAAUGAUCGAAAUAAUGGAUGUUAAUAUUACAUGCAUGCCUCAAAGAAAUGCUUUAUAAUUACAUGCUGUUAAGAAAAUAUGUUGAUCCAUAGGUUUGUAUAGGUGAAACACAAUUUUAGAAAAUUUCAUCACACAGAGUAAAAGUCAUCAUAAAAUUCCAACAACAAAGGAUCUCACCAGAAUAAAGAAUGUGAAAAGCAAAUAGGAGCAGACUCUAGCAAACAAGUGGACCCUCUAAUCAGCAAUAGUAUAAAUGUCGGCAGAUAACGUAUGUAGCUGCACUCUCACAGGCUGCAGUGCAGCCACACUCUGCUCAUUACUACAGGUCUGCUGUACGUCUUCAAUUGAUGGUGUGUUACUGACACUCAGUGGUGAGAGAGAUAGUCUGGAAAAUAAUUCUCUGAACGUCU